CAAUUACACAUAUCCAAUGAACACUUAUUAAUGGUUUCUCGUUUUUUUCUCUCUGUUGUUCCAAUUACAGCUGCCACAAACAGAAAUCGAUGGGCUGGACCCAAACUGCAGGCGGUUUCGAUUGGAAAACGGCGAAUCGUUGGCGGAGAAAGACGAGGUGUUUGGCUCCCCUAGUACCCCGAUCCUGGAAAAUCCUGAACAUCAAACACGAUGGUAUUUCAAAUACUUCCUAGGAAAACUUCACCAAAACUAUGUCGGCAUCGACGCGGAGAAAAAUGCCUAUUUUUUAUCCAUCGUGUCCCAGGACUCCGGUAGCAAAUGUAUGCCGCUGUACCGGGUGAUGCUGUUCCGGAAACAGGGCGCCCAAAAAUUGGCCCUCCCGUACAAUCCGCAGCAGAAGAUGACGGUGAAACAGAUUCUGUCGAACUUUGCCAUGAUGGACGGAAGCAAAUCGCCCAAGGAAGUCUUUUCCGCGGACAUCCAGAAGGAUCUGCUGCUGCUGGAGGAGCAGGAAGGUUCGGUAAACUUCAAGUUCGGGGUCGUCUACAUGAAAAUCGGCCAGACGAUGGACGACGAAAUGCUGAGUAAUGAGUAUGGCAGUGCUGACUUUGACGAGUUCCUGGAACUUUUGGGCGAACGAAUACGGCUCAAGGACUGGGAACGCUAUCGAGGAGGGCUGGACGUAAAAGGUGACAUGACUGGCAAAUAUUCGAUCUACACUGUGUAUGAAGGUCACGAGAUAAUGUUUCACGUUUCUACGAUGCUUCCGUUCAGUCGCGACAAUCGUCAACAG